GUUGGACGUCGCGACCCGAGCGAGGGCCAGGUCAGCGCCGGCCCUACGAGGCGAAGCCAAGUGUCCCGCGUUCAGCCAUGGCCUCUCUGCUGGGCGCCUACCCGUGGACCGAGGGACUGGAGUGUCCCGCCCUGGAAGCCGAGCUGUCGGAUGGGCUGUCGCCGCCCGCUGUCCCCCGACCUUCAGGAGACAAGGGUUCGGAGAGCCGGAUCCGGCGGCCCAUGAAUGCCUUCAUGGUGUGGGCCAAGGAUGAGAGGAAACGUCUGGCAGUGCAGAACCCGGACCUGCACAACGCGGAGCUCAGCAAGAUGCUAGGAAAGUCAUGGAAGGCGCUGACACUGUCACAGAAGAGGCCCUACGUGGAUGAGGCAGAGCGGCUACGCUUGCAGCACAUGCAGGAUUACCCCAACUACAAGUACCGGCCCCGCAGGAAGAAACAAGGCAAGCGCCUCUGCAAGCGUGUGGACCCUGGCUUCCUCCUGAGCUCCCUCUCUCGUGACCAGAACACGCUGCCUGAGAAAAACGGCAUUGGCAGGGGGGCCCUGGGGGAGAAGGAGGACAGGGGUGAGUACUCCCCAGGUGCCACCUUGCCUGGACUGCACAGUUGCUACCGCGAAGGUGCAGCUGCUGCCCCUGGUAGUGUGGACGCAUAUCCCUACGGGCUGCCCACACCCCCAGAGAUGUCACCCCUGGAUGCACUGGAGCCGGAGCAGACCUUCUUCUCGUCCUCAUGUCAGGAGGAGCAUGGCCACCCCCAUCACCUCUCCCGUCUACCAGGGCCCCCUUACUCACCGGAGUUCACACCUAGUCCCCUUCACUGCACCCACCCUCUAGGUUCUUUGGCCCUUGGGCAAUCCCCAGGGGUCUCUAUGAUGUCCUCUGUUCCUGGAUGUCCCCCAUCUCCAGCCUACUACUCCCAUGCCACCUACCACCCUCUCCACCCCAACCUCCAGGCCCACCUGGGCCAGUUGUCUCCGCCUCCUGAGCACCCUGGCUUUGACACCUUGGAUCAGCUAAGCCAGGUGGAACUUCUGGGGGACAUGGAUCGCAAUGAAUUUGACCAGUAUUUGAACACUCCCGGCCACCCUGACUCUGCUGCAGGAGUAGGAACCCUCACUGGGCAUGCCCCACUCUCCCAGGGAACUCCAACAGGCCCUACAGAGACCAGCCUCAUCUCUGUCCUGGCUGAUGCCACGGCCACAUAUUACAACAGCUACAGUGUGUCAUAGAGCUGGAGGGAUGGAGCCGGGCCCAGUCCUGCCAUCCUCUCCUCCCUAUGAAGCACUGAGCAGAGCAGAAAUUGUAGUGAUACCACUCCUUGGUGGCAGGAGGUGAAAACUGCUGUCCCAGAGCCUUCGGUCAAAAGCCAGGAUCCUGCGCCCCUUCUGUCCCUUCAAAUGUGUUUUGUUGGCUUCACCCUGUAAGCACAGACUUGGGAGCUGUAUGCGAUAGGACUUUCUAGACACUUUAUACCAUCAGUGUAGCUGAUGGAGAGAAGCCUAGUGCACUGGAGCUCCUGCUUUUGGUGUAGCUACUUCUGAUCUGUGGUGCUCCCAGUGAGAAGGACCCUGGGCCUGGGGUCCAUCUCAGUUCAGUCUCUAACUGGCAAUACCCCGUUCUGUCUUGACUAGCCCUGACUGUUCUCUCUUGUACAGUGGGGGUGGCUUCAUAGUCAAGCUCUUGCUCUAUGGAUCUCCAAGUUAUAGCCCUCUCAAGGCCAAGGAAAGUGUAACCUCAGUAAUGGGCAGCCUCGCAGGGACUUCAUGUGCACUGACUGCCCAAGGACCCAGGCUUUCUGGUUUCCUAUAACUCCAUCCACAGCCAUCCUAGAUUUCCAAAGGAACUCCUCCAGUUGAGAAAAAUAUUCACCCUUGGGCUGGCAAGAUGGCGUGGAAUAUCUCAGUGGGUAAAAGUGCCUGCUGUUAAGUCUGAUGACCUAGGUUCUAUCCCUGGAACUUACAUGGUGGAAGAAGAGAACUGACUCCUGCAAGUUGUAUUCUGACCUCUGAAUGCAUGUGUGCCCCUGCAUUAUAUGUAUGCUUGAGCAUGCUCUCAUGUGCGUGUGUGUGCGCACACGCGCACACACACGCACAUACACAAUGUAAUUUUUUUUAAAGGAAAACAUGUACCCUGGUUCAGGAAAUUAAUUAGUAUGUUCAACUGCUUCCCCGAAAGCAAAAUCAGAUUCAAACUUGUUGUUUUGCUGUGUUUUGUUC